UGACGCACACAGCAACAUCGACCUUCCAGCAGCACACCACCUCAACAACAACGACAAAAACAGCAACAACAGCGAGCAACGCAUCCACCGCUUCAUUCGACACCUUUACCCACCGCCCACCCCCCAUCCACCACCUCCGUACGGCAUCAUGUCUACCUCCGAGGGCGAGCAGCCUAUCACGCUGGUCUCAAGCGACAACAUCUCUAUCGUCACCCAGCGCAAGGUCGCCGAGCGCUCUAUGCUCAUCAAGAACAUGAUCGAGGAUCUCGGUUCUCCAGGCGAGGAGCCAAUCCCAAUCAUGAACGUCUCUGAGGCCGUUCUGCGCAAGGUCCUCGAGUGGUGUGAGCACCACAAGAAUGACCCUGUUCCAACUCAGGACGACGACGCCGAUUCGCGCAAGAAAACCACCGACAUAGAGGAUUGGGACCAGAAGUUCAUGCAGGUUGACCAAGAGAUGCUCUUUGAGAUUAUCCUCGCCGCCAACUACAUGGACAUCAAGGCCCUUCUUGACGUUGGGUGCAAGACUGUUGCGAACAUGAUCAAGGGCAAGUCGCCAGAAGAGAUUCGGAAGACUUUCAACAUUCAGAAUGACUUCACCCCAGAGGAGGAGGAUCAGAUUCGUCGCGAAAACGAGUGGGCUGAGGACCGUUAAACGGCUCGCCAGGACACACAUCUUUACCGCCAUACAUCACCGCUGGUGAUAUGCUGCGGCUUGCGAGUACCCGCAACAUACCCCUCCAACUAUGCCCGGACCAGCGACUUGCGCACUGAGGGGCGGCACAUUUCUACAAUAAAAUGGAUAUGGCUGCAUGGCGUUCGGUGCAUAAGAGAGUAUGAUUGCUGCUGCUUAACGUUAUGAAGACUACGAAUGGGAGCAUGCUACCGCCAGUGUCCGCAGGUCGCCUCUUUUGGUCGACCGCGGCUGGGCAAGCGAGCUGGGGCAUGCGUACGCAAAGCGUCGGCGAACGCGGUCAGGCACAAGAGGGCUGUGCUUGUAUAGACAGCUUCAAUGAGACUUUUUUGACAACUUUACC